UUGGCUCCUUCUCUCUCUGAACUUUUCCAUUUCAUUUGCAGAGAGAGAUAGAGAGAAAAAGUAAGAGAAAAUUAUCCCUUCUCUUCCAAUAAUAAACAAAUAAAUCCAAUUACAAAAUUCACAAAACAAAAGUUGUACGAAGGAAUUUUCUCUGUUUGUUUUUUCUCUUUCUCUGUCCAAAACCUUAAAACUCAUGGCGGAUAAAGGUCGUCCACUUCCAAAAUUUGGAGAGUGGGAUGUCAAUGACCCAGCUUCUGCUGAGGGUUUCACAGUCAUCUUUAACAAAGCUCGAAAUGAGAAGAGAAGCGGAGGCAAUACAAACUCACCACCAAAGGGUGACCCUGCAUAUAAUAAGCAUGGAGCAACUCUUGGAAAGCCUCAAUCAAAAAAAUGGUUCUGCUGUAUGCAUUCUGCUGCUGCGGAAUCAUGAACUCUCUAUGCUCCUAUCCAUCACAUUGGGGAGUGUUUGAUCUGAAAUGUAAAGUGUUCCUCAAGUCUGGAGCUGUAGUCAAGCCUGGAAUUUGUUCUGUUGUGUUUUAGAAUUUACUCGAAUUUCGUCAUUGAAAGAUAUUCUGCUAUCUAUUUAUUUAUUUUUUGAUCUUGAUGUUAUUAUUGUUGCUUUUAGUCUUUUAUCUUCCCAUUUU